GCAACUUUGGGGCAUGAUUUGUUGUUUUUUUUUUUUGGAAUUUGGAAAAAAAGUGGAUUAUAUUGAAAGAAUUUUUUUUAAAAAAAAAAAGUGUAAGAGGAGAGGGGCAUGAGUCGCCCAUGCAUCAUCAAUGAUCGGAUCUGGGUUGGUUGCAGAGAGAGGUGAGAUUCGAUAAUGGCGUCAAGGGAAUCGGCAGAAGGGUCAGUGCAGAACGUAUUGGAUCAGGAGACGCUGAAAUGGGUGUUCGUGGGAGGGAAGGGCGGAGUGGGGAAGACGACUUGCAGCUCCAUCAUUGGGAUCCUCCUCUCCCGGGUUCGAUCCUCCGUCCUCAUCAUCUCCACCGAUCCCGCCCACAAUCUCAGCGACGCCUUCCAACAGCGCUUCACCAAGGCUCCCACCCUCGUCAAUGGCUUCUCCAAUCUCUACGCCAUGGAAGUUGACCCCAAUGUCGAACAUCAAGAAGGUGGUAGUUCUAAUGGAAUGGAUGGGUUUUUGUUUGAUCUGGCAAAUGCUAUUCCUGGGAUUGAUGAGGCCAUGAGUUUCGCUGAGAUGCUAAAAUUAGUGCAAACCAUGGAUUACUCUGUUAUAGUAUUUGAUAUGGCACCUACAGGCCACACGCUACGAUUAUUACAAUUUCCCUCAACCCUUGAGAAAGGCCUUGUCAAAAUGAUGAGUUUGAAGAGUAAGUUUGGUGGCUUCCUGAGUCAGAUGGGUCGUUUCUUUGGAGUUGGUGAUGAAUUUGGUGAGGAUGCAAUCCUAGGAAGGCUUGAGGGAAUGAAAGAGCUUAUUCAACAAGUUAGCAGGCAGUUCAAGGAUCCGAAUUCCUCUCCCUAUAUGAGACGGAGAGGCUUGUGCAAGAACUCACUAGGUUUGAGAUCGACACUCAUAACAUUAUUAUUAACCAAGUGAUUUUUGAUGAAGAAGCUGUUGAGUCCAAGUUGCUCAAGGCUAGAAUGCGGAUGCAACAAAAAUACUUGGAUCAAUUCUACAUGUUAUAUGACGACUUCAGCAUUACCAAAUUACCCGUGCUGCCAGAAGAGGUGUGUGGGGUUGAAGCUUUGAAGGCGCUUUCGCAUAAUUUUACAACUCCGUACCGGCCUUCCCUUGUACGAAGCUCGCUAGAAGAAGUAGAACAGAGAGUGUGCAUACUAAGGGAACAAUUGAGUGUUGCUGAAGCAGAACUGGAAACACUUAGAAAAGGAAAACAAAAGCUUUGAGCUUUGGGUGUGCACACAUAUUGUGUCUUCUUCCUCCCAAGUGGAAUCUGUCUUUUUAUGUUUUCCACAAGGAUGUCAUUUGAAUUGUACCCUCAUUUAUUUCAUUUCAUUGUAGAAAACUUGCUGCCCUAGUUUAUUAACAUUAUUUUAACAAAAAAAAACCCCCAUA